AUGGACGAUGUGGUUCUCCUCAUCCGUCCUCCCGUGCUUCGCACGACUGUGAACGAAAAUGUCGUCAAAGUCUGUCGUGCAUACGCCCUCUUCACAAUUUUUGCUUACCUGGAAGUUUAUUUCUUUCAGUUAGGAAACACGAUCUUCUGGCAGUGGGUGAAUCAAAGCUACAGUGCAGGAUUUAAUUAUGCUAAUCGCAAUGCCAGCAGUGAUCAAGACAAUUUAGCCAUACUCAAAUCGUAUGCUACCGCUACUUUUGUUUCGUGUUCGACUGCUGUUGGAUUGGGCAAAAUGGUUGACAAGGCCAAGGGACUUUCCCCCAGUACGCGGUCAUUCCUCGGAAAAAUGGUGCCAUUUGUCGCUGUUGCAAUUGCAAAUAACGAUAAUUUUCCACUUGAGAUGGUUGAGUUUCCAGCUGAAUUCUUGUCGCUUGAGGCAGACUUCGUGGAUAGUAAGAUGGCCAUUAAUAACAUCAUCAAUGAAAUUCUACGUGGAGGAGCCAGUGCAGUUUCUAGCGCGUCACAAACCGGCCAGGCUCGAGUGGUGGAAGCCCAGCGCUCUAUAAAGCUUAUGACGGUUGAAGCUCGCGGUAGGCAGCCACAGCUGAGAAGAUCCAUGCAAACGAAGAUCAAUAUGUAUCGAGAUGAGCUGCAGGGGCUUGUUCGCGAUUUGGAACGGGCGCUGCUCAUGGCACGAGAAGGAAAGAGUAUAUCCAGCAAUACCAACGAAACUUCACAGUACGAACGAUUAAGUAAGAAUAACGACCGACUCAUCAAAUCGUCAAAGACGCUUGAAGACACUCAUCGGAUCGUGGCCGAGACAGAAGAGGUUGGGAUCGCAGUGUUAGAUUCGCUGGCAAGUCAGCGACAAAGUCUAUUAGGAGCUCAAGAAAAGGUGCGCGAGACUGGUGCCAUGACAAUUGAAGCUCGACGAAUUCUACAGCGUAUGACGCGCCGAAUCAUCACCAACACUAUCUCUUUGCCACGAGAGAGUGCCGCUUCGUCGGUUCACUAUUCGGGACAUCAGAUGCCGUUAUUGAACUUGACCUUUCAAGAGAUAGAUUCCAGUGACAAUUAUUGCAAUAUGUCGUCCAGAUCAUCUCGAUCUCGACACGAAGAUGAGUACUUGCCUUCAGAUACCACUAGGGUGGCCAACGAAUAUCAUUCAGAGGCGGCAAUGGCCCGCAGUGCCGCAUCAUGGCAUGCAGGUAACGGCACUACAGCGACUUAUGAAUUAUGUGAUGAGUCUGCAAUGAUGGAGGCGGCAGAUCCAGUAUUGUUUCAAGCUGCAGUGGAGGAACAUUCACGACGACUAGGUCUUGAUCCAGCGAUUGACACCGAACUACUGUGGAUUGCAAAACAAUCACUGAUCGCCCCAUUACCUGACGCCUGGUAUCAUGUUACAGCGUCAGAAACUGGACAACCAUACUACUACAACGAAAUGACUGGUGAGAGUCGAUGGGAUCAUCCUUGUGAUGAUGAAUAUCGACAGCUUGUCACUGACUUGAAGCAAAAAAAAGCGAUCAAGACUCAUGCGCAUCGACAUGCUCAUCCAGUGGCGUACUACCAUACAGGCGGCUACCAUAUCGGAAAGGCUUGGCAGGAGACCGAAUACCAAGAGCACCAUACGGCGCAGACAAAGCAAGGGUGGAAUCGAGAGGAUGUACAAAAUAUUUAUAACGACUAUAAUGUGCCAAGUAAAGGACUUCAAUCUCAAGUAUUCACGUCGCAAGAAGAUGAGCGUCAUCGCAUCGCAAACUCUCUGAGCUUGUUAAAUGAAUAUGUAAAGAAGCUGGAGGAAAUGGAUAGACAGAAAACUAGGGACGACGAAGCUAUUGCAGGUUUAAAGUUGGAAAUCGCAGACUUUGAUCGUCAGCUUACAAGUCGCGAUGAGGAGUUAGCAGCCACAAAGAGCAAUGUAAAAAGGCUAACGGGUUUUGUGAGUGAAUUAAAGCAGCAGGUCCAGCAGAGCUUAAGCGAAAACGAGGAUAUCAUUGCAGUGAAUCAGACGCUUACUAAAGAACUGUCAUUGUCUCGAUCACGGAUGAAAGAAAGUAUAAAAUUACACGAGGAAGCUGUGGAAGCGCAGCAAACCCUUGCGAAAGAGCUGGCUCUCGCUCAAACGAAAUUAAAGGAGACGCAGUUGAAGCAGUCUGGAACAGGUGGCGACGUUGCGCUACAACAAAGUCAAAUUGAGAUCGAGCAUGAUACUACCAUUCAGCUCAAACGACAGCUACAACAAACUACAGAUCAACAUACAGAACUGCUUGCAAAGAUGGAGGUGGCACAAGCAACCAUUCGAAAAUUGCAACAAGAGGCAGGAAAGCACUCGGGCGAAGAAGUACAAGCUUCUAUAGCUGAAGCUGCCGAAGCGAUCAAAACAUUGAAAUUUCGACUUCACGAAAAGGAAAAAGAGCUCACAGGUGAGCGAACGCGAGCAGUUUCAUUCGAGCGUGAAUUGACACAGUUGAGAACAAGUCGACCAUCAGCCGAGGAGCAAGACCUUCAGAAACAGCUUAAGGCUUCGGUAACCAACGAAGCUGCACGACAGAAAGAGUUUGAGUUGAUGGAGAGCACAUUAGCAACUACAAUUGCGGAAAAAGUAGCAUUAGAGAAGCAGCUUGAAGAAUUUAAGAUUACAUGCGCAGCACAAAUUAAAGAUUUGGAAGACCAUCGGCUUGCUUUAAAGCGUGAAUUUAAAGCUGUGGACUGCGAACUCAAAGCGCAACAAGUAUUGGCUAAAGAGCGUGAAGACGAGCUUUCAAGACUGAAGAUUGCAUUACAGAACGCGGAGAUUCAAGUCUCAUCAGUAGCGCAAACCAUUCAAAAAGAACGCAAGGAAGCUUAUGCCGAGGCUCAACACGCCAGCGCCGAGAUCAUACGCCAAUCAAAUGAAGAAAAGACACGUGCAUUUGAGCUUUAUACCCACGAAAUGAUGGCUCGACGAAAGCUGCACAACCGUCUGAUGGAAUUACAGGGCAACAUCCGCGUGUUUUGUCGUGUGCGUCCCAUUCAGCCGGUAGAGCUGAACAGUGAUCAGUCAAGCGUAGUCGUUUUCUUCCGCGAUAACGAUCACGAAAGUCUGGAACUUUUUGUUGGCACCGAAGUAGGCGACAAAGCUCACCAGAUUGGUCAAAAGCACCCGUUUGAGUUCGAUUACGUAUUUCAGCCAGAAAGCAGCCAGGAACAAGUAUUUGAACAAACUCGGGCUCUAGUUGUGAGCGCCCUAGACGGUUUUAAUGUCUGCAUCUUUGCAUACGGACAAACUGGAUCAGGCAAGACCCACACAAUGGAAGGACCAGAGAACGACCGCGGUGUGAACUAUCGUGCACUUCGCGAACUUUUUGCCCUUCGGGACGACCGUUUGGCAGCGGAUAAUUUUGAGUGUACGAUGAAAUUGAGUAUUUUGGAAGUGUAUAAUGAAGCUAUUGUGGAUCUUCUUGAAGGAAAUGGCCGUACUUCGGGCGCUACAUCACCAAGCGCUGUGAGGGGUCUGGAUGUGCGUGUGGGGAAGAAUGGCGUAUACGUUGAAAAUCUCAUUGAAGUCGAGGUUUCAAAUGAAAGCGAUGUGCUCCAUCUUAUGCGAAUGGGCCACUCCCAUCGCAGUGUGGGCUCACACGAUUUUAAUGAGCACUCGAGUCGCUCGCAUCUUGUGUUGUCCAUAUCGAUAGAAACGGGGAUUAAGUCUGAAGCUCGUCGGCGAAUCUCUAAAAUGCACUUAAUUGACUUGGCUGGCUCCGAAAGAGUCAGCAAGACAGCAGCAAGUGGCCAGCGGCUUAAAGAAGCGCAGAAUAUCAAUCGAUCUCUAUCUGCGCUGGGAGACGUGAUCGCAGCUCUGGGUGCAAAUAGUAAACACGUGCCAUAUCGUAAUUCGAAACUAACGUUUUUACUGCAAGAUUCCUUGAGUGGUAACUCAAAGGUGCUCAUGUUUGUCAAUGUCAGUCCUGUACAAUGGAAUGCCUGGGAGACGCUCUGCUCGCUUAAUUUUGCAUCACGUUGCCGUAGUGUGGCUUUAGGUCAAGCAAAAGCCAUGACAGCCACGAGUGGUGCAUCCAACGGCAUGCAAACUACAAUGAGUAUGCACGCUAUGAUCCCGAAAGGACCGACACCAGCUGGAACAAAACCCUUACAAAAUCGAUGA